CUCAUCAUGUCGACGCCCAAUAGCACAGGAAAACAGUCUAUCAUUGGGCUUCAUGCCGUGCAUCCCGACAACGCCAAAUCAUUCAAGUCCUUUGCUCCCAGCCGAACCGAAGUCCGCUCGACACGCAAUGCGAUUCAUACUGCUUGCACGCGAUGUUUGAAGACCGAUGAGGAUCCCGAGAUUAUAUUGAGGCGGUGCGGGAAGUGUAAAGGCGUAUGGUAUUGCUCGAAACAGUGUCAAACGGCCCAUUGGCCAACGCACAAGAAGACCUGCCAUCUCGUCGAAGGCCCUGGCAUCCAGAAGCUCGUGCAGAAUUUCUGCGCGAAUUCCGUGCUGAACAAGCAUCUUCAAGCCUGUCUUGCACUGGCUUUCGAUUUGCACAUCAAGUCUCGCCUCGACUCUCCUUUCAUCGCCCGUGUCGAUAUCGGUAUCGAACCUGCGGACAUCAUGGACUUUUUCAAUGUUUUUCUCGGGCGGGACGGCGAGUCCGAUACUCCUAUUGCGUCCCCGAAUCCUUCGAAACCUCCUGUGGCAUCGAAGCGGGGGAUGCUUCAGAUCACUGCGUUUCAGCCCUCAACAAUUUGCAAGCUCGAAGAACUCACAGAAAUGCGGCAAGAAAUCUGGAAGAAGGCCAGAGAGAGUGCAGAUCAGGCAGGGUGUGAAGGCGACUCCGUUGGACUUGUCGAGUUUGCCUCGGGGGGAGAGCGUCAUGACGUUGACAUGUCCUUUCCACAUCCUCAAGUCGACGAUCAAUCUGCAAUUACCAGCGAAGUCACUGAAGUACCGUUCAGCAUUGCCACCUGUAUUGAGUUCAUGAACAUGCACAUACGGGCAGACAAGAAAAACCAGUAUAUGCUGCGCACGGAAAUUCAGGAAAGCGAUCUGAAAACUAUCCGAAAUGCAGCGCUUCACGCCUCUGACGACGAGCCGCGGCCUGUGCAGCUGUUGCGUGUCAAGAUGGAAAAAGAGGACAUUUAUAAUCCGUUUGUCAUGCAGGAAGGAGAAGGAAUUGCGCGGAAAUUGCAUGAUGCGCUGGCCACUGAGCAACGCGAGAGGAUUUUCGGCGUCGGCACAGAUAUGGACCUUCCGGAUUGA